CAGAGCUGUGUGGAGGAUGUGUGAGAAGGCUUUCUGCCCUGGCAGACAGGGCUCUGGGGCCCUGCCGGGGUGUCCUGCCCUCACGGAGGUACAGGAAGCCCAUCCUGGAAGAGCACAUUGAAGGAGAUUUUACUGCAUGGUCGUUUGUGUGAUCCAAGAGUCGCUCAGAAGCACCACGGUUGCUUUCCUGUGCUUUUUAUGUCCUGGUGCAGUAUCAGCUUGGGGAACCUACAAGUGAAGAAGUUGACUAUUUGCUUCAGCUGAAGAGAAUAUUUUCCAAGUCCUUGGGGGAGAAAAGGUGAAAAAGAGAAACGGAGGAUGUUGCUAGUAGGUAUAUACACGACAGGAAGCCAUGACUAGCAGUGUGACUGUCAACAGGAAACAAAAAGUCACAGCUGCUGUGAAGCUGCCAUACAGUACGCCUUCUGUGUCAUGUUGCCUGCUGAACUUUGUGGCCUGUGGAGCAGUCUGUGUCUGAACGAGAUACUCUCCUGUCCAGUCAUCUGCUGGAGUUUGAGUUAUUCUGCAUCUGGUUAAUCCACUUUGCUGGAGUUCGCAAGUCCUGGUUGUUUCUUUCCUUGACACCUGCUACUGUAAAGACCUUGAACAGCUUUGAGGAGAAAAGUGGGCAUGUGAGCAACCUUCAUUGGCUGGCAGCUGAGGGCUCCUCAGACCCCAGGCAGCUUUGAGGUGUCUUGGCUGUUCAGUGCUCUGCAGAUAUGAACGCUGAGCUUUUCUUGCACGUUCUCACAUUGGCCUGGUCGCUCUCACCAUGCUAGUACAUGGGAAAGAAGACUUCCUCUCAGACAUAACUUACAUCGUCCUGGAACUGGUCAUUGCGGUGCUGGCAAUCCUGGGGAACAUCCUGGUCUGCUGGGCAGUCUAUUUGAAUAGCAACUUGCAGAACGUCACCAACUAUUUUGUGGUGUCCCUGGCUGCUGCUGACAUUGCCGUGGGAGUGCUGGCAAUCCCCUUUGCCAUCACCAUCAGCACUGGCUUCUGUGCCUUCUUCUAUGGCUGCCUUUUCAUUGCCUGCUUCGUGCUGGUCUUGACUCAGAGUUCGAUCUUCAGCCUCCUUGCCAUUGCCAUUGACAGGAUCAUUGCCAUCCGCAUACCCCUCAGGUACAAUGGCUUGGUGACUGGCUCUCGAGCUAAAGGUAUCAUUGCCAUCUGCUGGGUAUUGUCUUUCAUCAUCGGCUUGACACCAAUGCUAGGGUGGCACAAGCGCUCCCAGAUCGAAGAGCUGGGGUCCAAUAAGUCCUCUCCCAUCAACUGCAGCAACAGUAUGGUGGUGUGUCUCUUUGAGGCUGUGGUCACCAUGGAGUACAUGGUCUACUACAACUUCUUUGCCUGUGUGCUCUUGCCCCUCCUCCUCAUGUUUGGUAUCUACUUGAAAAUCUUCAUGGCAGCCCGGCGACAGCUCAAGCAGAUGGAGAACAAGAUGGUACAUGGGGAACGUUCCCGCUCCACUUUGCAGAAGGAAGUCCAUGCAGCCAAGUCUUUAGCCAUCAUUGUUGGGUUGUUUGCAGUCUGCUGGCUUCCGCUCCAUAUUAUUAACUGCUUUACCCUUUUUUGCCCAAAUUGUGCCCACGCUCCCCUCUGGCUGAUGUAUCUGGCUAUCAUCCUCUCUCAUGCCAACUCAGUUGUAAAUCCUCUAAUUUAUGCCUACCGAAUCAGGGAGUUCCGAUACACCUUCCGUAAAAUCAUCAGCCAGCACAUCCUGGGCCGGAAGGAGCCGUUCCAGGCGGGAACAGCCAGCUCCCGGACUUCCACGCACGGCGGGGAUGCAGAGAACGCCAGCAUACGGAUCAGUGAGUAUGCGCUAGAGGUGUACACCAACGGGGAGAUCCACAGGGAUCCCGAAAAGCAGGACUUCAAUAAAUGCAAAGCUGGCUUGGAAUGGCACCGGAAUGGAAACACUCUGGACAUGGAGACAAAUGGGCAUCUCCCACAUUCCUGCAAAAAUGGGAUUCUCUCAGAUGCACGCAUGAAUAGGGAGCUUCACAGUGAAGAGCUAAUUGAUGCCCAGGUGUCUUACUCAGAUCUAGAAAGAGCAGCCUUUGCAGCAGCUGAUGUUUCCUGAUGAGACUUCCAGAGUUUACCUGGUAGAAUUAUUAUUUCUCCAUUGGUGACCUCUGCCAUGGCAGAAAGGGAAGGCUGGGGGGCGGGGGAGAGGUGUUUAUUCAGAUUGCUGUGGAGAAAGGGGUCCCUACCCAGGACUGUCGGGAUGAUCCUAAAUACUAGACUGGAGAAAAGCCAAGAGACCAUUGAAAUGGACUAAGGAAGGAGGGACACAUCUAUCAAUGACCUGUCACCAAGAGCAGUGCCAAGGUCAAAGAUGGCAUUCCAAGUUCAGCACUGGGAGACUCUGCUGAUGCAGGGCAUAUUGCGACAUUAUGCUGUGUGUCUGUAGUUCUAUGUUGGGUUUGCUGACUUUCCCAACAGAAACAAAAGCAUGGCUGGAAGCCUUCUCUGAAUUGUAAAGAGAAGGGAGGAGCCCUUCAGUACUUUGGCCCGGCAGCAAACCGAAGGGGGACAGCAACAUCUAUUGGUCAGGAAGGAUGCCAGCAGCUUCCCGGAGAGGGAAGGAAUUUACCUGAUGGGAACUUUGGAUACCUUCACCCAUGGUGUUUUGUCUUUCAGUUCAUGUUUUUAAAGCUUAGACUGCAACAGGUUGCUGAAAAGGUUUUUUCCUUGUCUUGGUUACUUUAAGUUAUAAAAGAUGGGCAAGAACUCAUGCCCAUUCCCUGAGCGCUCCAACGUUCCAGAUGCACAAGGCAAAUAUAACCUCAUAGCUCUCCACUUUGCCUAAUAAAUAACGAAAACAGAGUCUGUAAUAUGGAUUUUCCUUAGCAAAAGGGCUGUGAGCAGGACUUGGUGCUGCAGGUAGUAGACAGGCCAGGUUGUGGUCUGUGUCACCAGGGUGGUCAUGCCCCAGGUGAUGUGAAGAGCUGUCAGGUGUGUGAGCUGUCCACAGGCUGGUGGGCACUGUCUGCUUUUUCCCCUACCUCUCUGCUUGUCCUCUUGGGCUCCUGGAAUGCAAAUUCCUUCCAUGGCCCUAAAUGUGUGUAAGGGGAGCUAAUUUUCCAUGUUUUGGUCAUUUUCAUCCUCACUCAAAAAGGCUGUGGGGUUUGGUUUUUUUCUUUCUUUCUUUCUCGGGUUAGGAAGGAACAGACACGCACACACACCUAACACCUAUUUUUAAAAUUCCAAUGACCUCUAUUUAAACACUUUUUCCCCUGUGAUUUCAGUUUUUUCCUGAUGUGCUUUACUGUGAAGCCUGUUGUGUCCCUGCAGAGCAGAGGCCGACAGAGCUGGGUCUGUCUGGUUAGAAGAUGCUCCUACUCUGAGAAGCUGAAAAGUGUCAGUAGCAGUGGAAAUCAGCUUAGAAACUGCACUGGUCUGUCUGUAUAAGAGAGCUGGCAAACCUGUGCUGAUGUGGUUUGUAGUAGAGUUGUUUCACAGCAGUUUGAUAAUUUUCUGUAUCACUUACGAAGCCUGGUAGCUCAAGGACAGCAGAAUGCCACAUCAGCUUGAGUUCUACCUAAACAUUUUCUGGUCUUUGUUUUCCAGACAAAUAAUCCAUGACCAACACCACCAGCCUUCUGGAGAUGCAGGCAGUAAUGGUUCUACUGGAAAACUAAAAGUCUGGUAAUUAUAGGGAUCUGAAACUUAUUCCCUAGCUGAAAACAUCAGAAGUAUCAGCCCCCAAACCUGGCUCCUCCUGUUCACUAACAUUAUAGAAGCCAAAUAAUCUCAUUUUCAGCAAGGACAGGAGAACUGGAUUUUGAUAUUUGAGGAAGAGCAGGUUAGGUUGGUUUGUUCUUAUUCCAUGUUUAUUUAAAAUAUUUUGAACUAUUAAAAUUAUAAUCAGUUUUAUUUGAGGAGAGUUUUCUUUUUCCCCAACAUGAAGGUGGGGAGUAGUUUACAAUGCAGAACGUGUUCAGGUGUGUACCUGCUCCAGGCUAGCACAAAGCUGCUGUGGGACAGGUAAAAAGAUGCGGUUGCCACCACAAUCCUUAGGCAGUUUUGUGGAACAAUAGACUUCUCAGUUUAAUCAAAUUGAUGCUUCCUUGGCAUGGCUCUUCCACACAGUCUAACGUCAGAGGAGUGGAUUAUCACUCCAGUACCAUUAACAACCUCUAAGCCAUUUCCCUGUGACUGACGUAGUAGGUUGUUCCUCUGUAGGGUGACUUGGGAUCUUGUUACUUGAUCUUUCUUGGUGGAAUAUUUCUGUAAGUUAGUUGUGGGAUGGCUCCUCUGACCUGUAACAGUGGCAGAGGAACUCAGGAAAAUGGGGGCCUGAUCUCUUCAGGCCUUGGUUGGGAGCUGAAAUGUUUCUAAGAAUAACACAGGAUUACAUCUGGUGUUCAUGGCAAUAACAAUUAGGUCCACAAAGAAGCAGAGCAGGGAAAAAAAGUGUGGGAAAAUACCAGCAUUGUUCAUGUGCUGGGACACAUGGAAGUGCAGAAGUGUCUCCCAUUGAGCUUUAGUUGACAUUAUAAAGGGAUGUUUUAUGCCACAUUGCAUCAGACUUACAACAGCUGGUGUGGAUUGGUUGAUUUCUAUUGUUUCCUGGGCUUCUUCACACUCAAUUAUGGCAGCUUCUUGUCUGGUUGCCACAAGAAUCAAGUUGAUCUAUGUUGAUGCGACAGACUUAGAAUUGUCCCUCUGGAAAACUUCCCUGGCUAACCAGAUCACCAGGCAAGUUUAACUAAGUUCCAGAUGUCUUGAAAUUAGCUUAUCUGUUGCUGCUGGAGAUGUCCCUAAGUGUGUCCAGUCCCUUUCAAAAUUAGUGAUCCAGAUUUGAAAAUAAAAGGGUGUGUGCAGGGGCUGGGGAUGUGUGCAGGAAGAAGUGCAGCAGGGGUGAGGAGGCAGUGUGUUUUAUCUAGAGUUGGAAGUCUGUAGUCACAAGAAGGAAAGGAUGGCAAUUGCACCACAUGCUGGGUGCCUUCUGGCAAACGUAUGUCUGAGACGGACUUUCAGAAGAUGUUUCUGAAGCAGUGUUGGGGAAAGUAUGAGCCUUUUGAACAGAAUUUUGGACUUGUUUCCUAGGAAUCAGGAUUUCAAGGCUUGAUUUUAUUUUCUUUUAAAAAAAAAACAACAAACAUAAGCUGAAGGGUCCUGUCAAUGAAGUGUGCUCUUUCCUUCUCCUGGCAGUGACCUCCACUCUUGAGAAAGGUACCUGUCUUCCAAACUGUAUGGGGCAGGCAUCAUUAGAAAAGUGAAAAUAAAGUCAUUCUUUCCUAACCUCUCCAUUCAUAUCCCCAUUUUCCUUUCAGCUGGAGAAUAUUUAGCUGAUGAAAUAUAGCUGUUCUGAUAAACAGAAAUGGUACCAAGACAAAGGGAAGAAUGAGGUGACCAUGAGCAGAGGCUGGAGACAACCUCCUAAGGAAUCCAAGAUGCAGUGAGUCCAGAGAGUAAGAGCCAGGGUAAGAAGAGACUAAUUUCAUUGAACUGGAACUUCUUGCUAAAAAUGGCUGAACACCCAUGUAGAUAUGUGGUGCCUCACUUGGCCUGGGGGCAUUCCACAGAUUUCACCAUCCCUUGGAGACUCUUAGGCUCCAGGGUUUAUUUGCUUUAUAGGGUUUUAAGGAAAGUAAAGUCUGAUCACUUGCCAGGAGUAAUUUUAUCAAGAGUUCUUCUCGGGGCCUUCUCCUCACCAGGGCACUGCUUUUUGUGCGUGCAAAUAAACACAGUUACUGCCUUGGCCUGCAGAGGUUUUUUGGAUCAGUAAUGUUUCAAAGCUCUGUGCAGUCUUGGUCUGUAGCUCUUGGACAGAGAAGCACGUUGGCAUGGUGGGACAGCUGGGGGUUACCGUAGACAGAAAGGGUUUGCCCCUGAUCCUAGUUUGUCUUUGGAAGCUUAUUGUGCAGAUGGACUUGGGAGUUAUAUGGAUUAGUCUGAAUCUUUGAUCAUUCUUUGAAGAGAGGCUCCAGAGGAUGCUGGUGGGUACAGAAAAGUCUCUGAGGUGUGGGAGCAGACUGCAGGGUUAGGGUUAGAUGGGAAAUCUUGGUGAGAAAGGAAAAUUUGUAGAGUAGGUGUUUAGGAGGAUUUCAGGGACAUGGGAAUGUGCUGGGGGGUGCUAAGGAUUGCACAGAUGGUGCUGGCCUGAGACCAAGGUGUGACUUGCUGAGGAAGGACCUUGGAAAGGAUGUAGAGACUUACAGCUCUCCUGGGGUCACUGCAGAGGGUUGGCCUUGCCUGAUGUGCACUGAGGGUUGACUUAAUGUGGUCUAUAUGUGACUGAGGUAGAGAUACUUCUUAGAGAUUACCUCCUUUUCAGAUGCAUUGUAUCCUUUCAUGAUCAUGUUCAGGUGUCAGAAGCCCUUCUGUUUCAUGAACAUGAGCCCUACCUAAAACCAGAUCGAUCCAGCCAUGUUCUGUGGGAAGGAUGACCAUGCUGUAGCAGUGCUGUGAUGUAUUAAAGCUGUAGACACUCUCUAGUGGUGUUUGCUAAGUUUAGCUGCCUGAUAAUUGGUUCUCUCCCAGUUUGUAUGGGGCAUCAAACUGCACUUAGUCACACCAGAGAGUUUUGUCUUCCUAGCCCUGAGUUUUUGGCCUUCUUCACAGUAAAACGCAUCAAGAGUAACUCAAAUCACACCAGUUCCUCAUUUCCUUGAGAGGUGACUAACCCUGACAGAGAAUUCCAAAACUGGAGCAACUUUGUGUGGAACCCCCUGUCUUACUUGUGUGCUGGGAGUGUUCACAAAAGGAUGUGUUUAAGUCAAGACUGAAACCUGUUGAUCAGAGAACAACUUUGCUUCCCCUACUCUGUCUCAGGAGCUGGUGUUCCUGCCCCCUGUCCUGUGGAGCAGUUGUCUCUGCAUCCUGCAAGCCAAGACACUAUGAACUCCCUGCUGCACACACUGUCACUGUAAAACAAUUACUCUUUCAAUUUAAAUGUUUUAUUAAUAUAGUUGUUGUUUUCCCUCUGUGUCAGUUACCAGUG